UACAACAUCCUUCCUCUACUUUCCCCAAGCACUCGGCUACGUCCCACUUUCUCCGGAAAAUUUUCCCUUAAAUAAAACUAAAAACAAGAAAUCAGACAUUUCGAAUUUUCGAAAAAUCAGGAAUCUCUGCGUGCAGUUUCUCCCCCCACUUCUCUACUCGUUCCUAGCACUCUCCGUAGUUCUCACUUUUAUUUAUCGCAACAGAAAUUCAUCCACUCCUGACCUCGUUUCCCUCCUAAAACAAAGAGGCACAUAUUAUUUUGUCCUCUCUUUCAAAGCAGCAUGUCACCUGUAUUGUGCAACAUACAUAAAAUUGGACAUGUUAUAUGAGAGGAAGAAAAUUGCAAAAUUCUAUGCAAAUUUUUUCGCCCUCCUGAAAGACGUUAGGUGUCAAAAUAACCGAUAUUUUUCCCGUUUUGUAGCCGAGUUUGUUAUCUUUAUUUGCACAAUUACCUUCUGGACUCUCGAAAUGUUUUACUACAUGAGAACUUCUAUAAGAGCUACCCCUCAAUACGCAUAUCUCGUCGGGGUGCCAGCAACGCUGGGAUAUUUUCACUCCACUUUUACAUUUCUGCAAGCAUUCUUCCUUAUUUGGUAUUUGGAAGUGUUAAAACUCAUACAAACCCGAAUCCAGGUUCAAUUUGAAUUAAGGGAGAUUAAAAAACCCUGCCUAAAUUUUCCUGGCAUUAAUGACUUGCAAAAUUUACGCGAAGAGAAACCAUAUUUGGACCUUUAUUUUAAGGAAGAAGACACAAAAUCGGAGAUGGUUGCACAAGCGCAAGAUUUACAGAGUUUGCUGCUCCUGUACAACAAGGUUCGAUUACAAGGGAAAGAAUUUAGCAAGCUGUUCGGCUGCUGGAUAACCCUGGACAUUGGACAUAGCGUAUUAAGGAUAAUCUUUUCUGCGUACUUUAUUGCGUCGAUUAUUUCAAAAAGGGAUCCAUCUUUUUCGCAAAUUGUUCAGAAUUUCUUAACCGUGCUUGUGUACUCUUACUUGUUGUACAUGGUGGCUAAACGGGGGUCUCAGAUAGACGAGGAAAGUCGGGAAGUUGCAAAGGAUUUGGAAUAUUUACUGGAAAUGGAAAAAUUUCAUAUUCCACGGGAUAGAAACUUACAAUUAGAAAGGAUUCAGAUAACGACGAAAUUCAUGAAUUUGGAUUUACGAAUUCUCACACCGAUUCUCGCCACCAUCACAACUAAUUUAUUGGUUCUUAUACAAUUUCAUAGCAGUAGUGCUCGCAGCUGCCCAAAUGGGACAGAUUAAGAAAUGUGGAAAUUUGAUACUUGUGCUUGUGUUUAUUGUGUACUUGACAAGUGUCUUAUUUUAGCAAUUCAUUCGUUUCAUAAAUGUAAUAGAUAAAUAAAUGU